GCAGAGCGGGCGGUGCGCAAGGGGCGGGAGCAGAGCGGAGCCCGGCUUGGCCACAUCGAUCGCCCGCCGCCAUGGGCUCUUCGCAGAGCGUCGAGAUCCCAGGCGGGGGCACCGAAGGCUACCACGUCCUGCGGCAUCAAUGAGAGAUCAUUCAAGCACAUUGUCAGAAAUAAGAACACUUGAGCCGGGCACAGUGUGCACCUGUAAUCCCAGCUACUCCAAUCAGGAGACUGAGGUACAAGAAAACUCCCCAGGACAUAGGGCUGGAUUGGAGCCUUUCUUUGAUUUUAUUGUUUCUAUUAAUGGUUCAAGAUUAAAUAAAGACAAUGACACUCUUAAGGAUCUACUGAAAGCAAAUGUUGAAAAGCCCGUAAAAAUGCUUAUCUAUAGCAGCAAAACACUGGAGCUGCGAGAGACCUCAGUCACACCAAGUAACUUGUGGGGUGGCCAGGGCUUAUUGGGAGUGAGCAUUCGUUUCUGCAGCUUUGAUGGGGCAAAUGAAAAUGUUUGGCAUGUGUUGGAAGUGGAACCAAAUUCUCCUGCAGCACUGGCAGGUCUUAGACCACACAGUGAUUAUAUUAUUGGAGCAGAUACAGUCAUGAAUGAGUCUGAAGAUCUGUUCAGCCUUAUUGAAACACAUGAAGCAAAACCACUGAAACUUUAUGUAUAUAACACAGACACUGAUAACUGCCGAGAAGUGAUUAUUACACCAAAUUCUGCAUGGGGUGGAGAAGGCAGCCUAGGAUGUGGCAUUGGAUAUGGUUAUUUGCAUCGAAUACCUACACGCCCAUUUGAGGAAGGAAAGAAAAUUUCUCUUCCAGGACAAAUGGCUGGUACACCUAUUACUCCUCUUAAAGAUGGGUUUACAGAGGUCCAGCUGUCCUCAGUUAAUCCUCCGUCUUUGUCACCACCAGGAACUACAGGAAUUGAACAGAGUCUGGCUGGACUUACUAUUAGCUCAACUCCACCAGCUGUCAGUAAUGUUCUCAGUACAGGUGUACCAACAGUACCGUUAUUGCCACCACAAGUAAACCAGUCCCUCACUUCUGUGCCACCAAUGAACCCAGCUACUACAUUACCAGGUCUGAUGCCUUUACCAGCAGGACUGCCCAACCUCCCCAACCUCAGCCUCAACCUCCCAGCACCACACAUCAUACCAGGGGUUGGCUUACCAGAACUUGUGAACCCAGGUCUGCCACCUCUUUCUUCCUUGCCCCCCCGAAACUUACCCGGUAUUGCACCUCUCCCCCUGCCAUCCGAGUUCCUCCCAUCAUUCCCCUUGGUUCCAGAGAGCUCUUCUGCAACAAGCUCAGGGGAGCUGCUAUCUUCCUUCCCAGCCACCGGCAACCCACCCUCCGACCCUGUCACAACUACUGCAAAGGCAGACCCUGCCUCCUCACUCACUAUGGAUGUGACACCCCCCACUGCCCAGGCCUCUGCCACUGUUGAGGACAGAGUCGGCGACUCCACUCCAGUCAGCGAGAAGCCUGUUUCUGCGGCUGUGGAUGCCAAUGCUUCUGAAUCACCUUAACUUUGAACCGUUCUUCAGAAUCGGCGUGGUGUAUUUAUUUAAACCACGGGAGCGUGUCUGGAAAUGCAAACUAUCAUUAAUUUCAUACUAGUUUGUACCAUAUCUGUAGGCAUCCUGUAAAUAAUUGCAAGGGGAAAACUAAACAAGAGGACAUGGGUUGUAUCCUGCCAGGUUGAGUGGGGCUCAUGUGCUAGGGAGAGAGAUGUCAGAAAGUGCUUGUAUUUUAAACAACCAAAAAGAAUGAAGGGUGGCUUGCUGCCAGGCUUCCACCGCCAUUCCUAGGGGUGUGUCUUCAGGAAAGGUGGUGGCAGGGCGUCCACGAGGUUCCUUGUCCCUUGCUGCUCCUUCCGUACGAAAAUGAAAUAUUCUAUGCCUAGUACUCACAUGCAACAUUUCUUGUACUUUGUAAGUUGUUUGCGAGAAUGCAGACCACCUCACUAAACUAAAUGGUAAAGAGAUUUUACUUUUGGUCUCCGUGAGUCGCAUCUCUAUUAAGGUUUACACAGAAAUUCCACCUGAAGACUUGUGUUAAAGUUCCACAGCGUGCACUGUUAUUUGAACAUCUUUUUAUUCAGCCUAUACACAGAUCCUUGUUUUAAGCUCUCAGAAUCACUCAGACAACAUUUUGUAACUGCUGCUGUUGCUUUCUACAACCACCUUCUAAAGUGGCAUUUCAAAAGAAAUAAAGAAGGUGUCGCAGUUUUAAACCAGAAGGUGGCACUCUGUGGCUCCCUGUAGUAGUAUAGCUAUACUGGGAAAGCAUAGAUACAGCAAUAAAGUACAAUAAUUUUA